UCUCUCUCUCGCUCUCAUUCGUUCUCCCUGUGGCUUUGGAUGUUUUUUUUUUCGGUCCUCAGAGGAUUGCACAGAGUCACGUCGCUAGGCUCGUAUCUGCACUCUGGACCUAUGAAUGGAGCAAACUAAUGGAGUACUCGUCACUCAAGGAAGCCAAAGAAGCACAACGUGAAAUCUGAAAUUGCAUCAGCUUCCCAGCGGCUGUCGAUCGACCAAACUGUGCGCUCGCCCUGACUGACAUUUCGUUACACCAACGCUGGUCGAACCCACCGUUGAUCAGUGGGAUAUUGAGCUCAGGACGUUCUGUUGACAUUGGAGGAUCGUCCGGCUCUUCGGUGACGUUUGGAGGGACCUCGAUCGACAGGUCUCCCUCCAGAGGAGCGUUGAGGUGAACACCACCAACAGGAACAUGUACUAGAAGCUGUAGAUCUGUCCUAAACGACCGGAAGAUGAGCAAUGAGGAUGAGUUCUUUGACGCCGUCACAGGCCUGGAUUCAGACGAGUCGUACGAAGGCGUGUCGGAGGCCAGUUUUAAAGAUGCCCUGUUUGACGGCAGCAGUCAGAAGAACAACGGAUCCGUGCCACAGGAGAACGGCAUCAAGAAACACAGGAUGUCGUUACCUGCCCCGAUGUUCUCCAGAAACACAGUCAGUAUCUGGGGCAUCCUGAAGAAAUGCAUCGGACUGGAGCUGUCUAAGAUCACCAUGCCCAUCGCCUUCAACGAGCCUCUGAGCUUCCUGCAGAGAAUCACAGAAUACAUGGAACACACUUACCUCAUCAACAGAGCUUGCUCGCUGUCCGAUUCCAUAGAGCGCAUGCAGGCAGUAGCUGCUUUCGCUGUGUCAGCAGUGGCGUCUCAGUGGGACAGAACUGGAAAACCCUUUAACCCUCUGCUGGGAGAGACCUACGAGCUUAUCAGAGAGGAACAGGGUUUCAGGCUAGUAUCAGAGCAGGUUUCCCAUCAUCCCCCUGUCAGUGCCUUCCACGCAGAGAGCCUGGUCGGGGACUUCGUCUUCCACGGCUCCAUCUACCCGAAACUCAAGUUCUGGGGCAAAAGUGUCGAAGCUGAGCCGAAAGGGACCAUCACGCUAGAGCUGCUCAAGCAUAACGAGGUGUAUACAUGGAGUAAUCCUUUCUGCUGCGUCCACAAUAUAAUCCUGGGCAAACUGUGGAUAGAGCAGUACGGCACAGUGGAAAUUCUCAACCACAGUACUGGAGACAAGUGUGUGUUGAACUUCAAGCCCUGUGGGAUGUUUGGCAAAGAGCUGCACAGAGUGGAGGGAUACAUCCAGGACAAGAGUAAAAAGAAGCUCUCUGUCAUCUAUGGGAAGUGGACAGAGUGCAUAUGGAGUGUUGACCCUCAGGCCUACGAGGCCAACAAGAAGGCGGAGAAGAAAGGAGACAACAAGAAGCACAAACAGGAGGAGCCGGACGGAGCGGAGAACGACGAUGCAGAUGACAUGCCGGAGGUGCAGGAGACGGUCUCUGUCGUACCAGGAAGCACUCUGCUGUGGAGGAUAGCCUCCAGACCGGCCCACUCCGCCACGAUGUAUAACUUCACCAGCUUUGCCAUGUCUCUGAACGAGCUGGAGCCCGGCAUGGAGGCCCUCCUGGCACCCACCGACUGCCGCCUCAGGCCUGACAUCAGAGCCAUGGAGAACGGCAACAUGGAGGAGGCCAGCCAAGAGAAGGAGAGGCUGGAGGAGAAACAGAGAGCCGCCCGAAAGGAGAGAGCCAAGAAUGACGAGGAGUGGUCUACAAGGUGGUUCCAGAUGGGCAUGAAUCCCUACACCGGCUCGCAGGACUGGCUCUACACUGGCGGCUACUUCAAUAGGAACUACACAGAUCUACCCAAUAUCUACUGAUAGCCUACUAGCCUUCAUCCUCCUCCUCUUCCUCCUCUGUAAUCUACCCGGGGUGGAUCCCAGAGACAUGUAAAGGAUCCGCACGCCCACCGUCGCUCCCAUCUCGUCCUCCUCCUCUUCCUCAGUGCACCACAGCGGCCUGCUAGCCUUCAUCAUCCUCUGCCUUCUCUUUAAGCUGCAUUACAAAGUGUAAAGGACCAUCAUCUUCCUCCUCCUCAGAGGCCCGACACUACCCUCACUCCAGUCCUACUACUCCUGCUCCUCUUCCUCGUGCAAACAGCUGCAGAAGUCCGCUUCAUUUUAGCUGACCCGGUUGGCCUUCAUCUUAUCUUCAGCAGAAGCCGUCAUCAUCAUCAUCAUCAUCAGUGACGUUCUUUUCUGUGAUUUCAACACUUAAAGACCAGCAGAAGGCUCCCUCCUCACCUCUCUUUCCUGGCAUCAAUUAGAGCACAAAACUCAUUCUGCCUUCCCUCAUGACUCCCACAGACAUCACUAUCAAAGCUCCAGCCCUGUGAAUUUUGUUUUGUUUUCCCCUCUACUCGUUCGUUUAAUCAGAUUUGACCUGUGAUUCAGGCGUUUGGCACAGUUUCCUUGAGGGCUGCUUUCCUGAAAUCACCAGCGUUUCCAUCUUGAUAACGUCUCACCCAGUAAUGCGUUUCAGUCCAAAGCCCACAUUGUUCCUGACCAAUCACAGAGACUCUUUACUCCCCAUGUAAACACAAGGUAACAGCCUCCAGUCUCCUAAACUCCAAAAUGAAUGUUUAACGCCUUACAAUCAAAGAGGACCCCCUUGCUUGGCCCCUGAAUGGUGAACUGUAGACAGUUAUGCGGUGGUUACUGAAUUAAAAAUGAGAGGACAACAAAAUUAAGAAUUUCACGGGGUUGGGUGCAGACAAAAUUAUCACAGGGGUGGAUUUAUGGACAUGGGCGGACACCCAGUCAAUGGGGAAAUCAGGGAUGUGAACGCUCCUUUGACUGAAGACGGAUCAUGAGGAUAUUUUUUAGUUUUUCUUUUUUCGGGGACUUGAUUAAGGCACAAAAACACAAGGAGACGUGGGUGUGGAUGACACAGUGGUCUUCAAGGAACAAAAUUAUACUUAAAUGUUACACUGGUCAAGACAAAUCUCCCAUUUACAUGAGCUCAGUGUUGUUCAUGCGUCAUUACCCCUCAAACAUAAGAGCUAUCUAUCGUCACUCUUCUGGCAUCAUCAUUACACUUCUGAUUAAUGUUAUAUUUCAAAUAAGGUUAAGACACUUGCUAGAAAAUAACUGUUUCCUCGACAGCAGGUGGGAAUGUUUGGCUUGUGCGGAAUGAGCGCCGGGAGCAGAAACGUUUUUUUUUUUUUUUUUUUUUUUGCUUGUGCAGGAAGAAAUUCUUCUCCUUAUUAAUGGAAAUCGCUGCUCCAAAGCUCCACCUCAAAAUUUGACACUCGGCCUGUAGCUUCUGUACAUGUUUGUAAUAGUCGUUUUAUUUCCUGGAGACAUGAACGAUCAACAACCCGCAGUGCUUCUAAUGUGAAUCCGCUUCACCGGGGUUUCUAAAAUUUUCAUAACUCAAGUGACGAGAGAAGUUUCAACACACUCCUCCACUUGCCAUGUGGCAGCCCAACACAAGUACACCCAGUUUACGUUUUGACCCACAGAAAUGCCCGAAUGAACAUCCAUCCAAGCCUUUCGCUCUAUAACCGGCUCUAAACACAGGCGAGACAAACAACAGAACACAACAUUUGUUUUUUUCUCUCUCCUUUGGGUCAAACGUGAUCCUUUUAUGGCCACCAAAACAGAGAUAAUAACAUGGAACUUUGAUCAUUUUAAAGGAAAAAUUUCUUUCCACUUGUCCUGCUUCACGUAGAGGUCAGAGGUCAAAACAGCGCCUCCAGAGCUGGAAGGGCUUCUGUGUAUUCACUGUGCCACCCGUCUUUUUUUUCCCAUGAGAAAAUCAGAUUUAUUGCACAUGGAGUUAAAAUCAGAUGUUGUGUUCUGGUGUAAAUGUGAACCUGGACAGCCGCUUUGCCUCGUAAAGAGUUACAGCUCAGUUCUCUGCAAACGUAUCCCUGAAUUUUACCAUUUGAAGGCCUAAAGGCGCUUAAUAAGUAAUGAAAGGAAUAUUAGGUAACAGAUGAGUGUAUGUGGGUGUGCGUGUAUGUGUGUAUGUAUACCCACACUUAGAUGCACAUGUGCACAUUUGUUGCAUUAAUGAGUGUAGAAAUAUGUACAGACUCUGAAAGCCAUAUUAACCACAGGAGAGAGUGGAUUUUCUCUGUGAAUGAGAAGAAAUGUGAACUGACAAGAUUUCAUUAUUAUAGCUGCCGUCAUUACAGCAUGAUUUUAAAAAGAAAAAGAAAGAAAAAAAAAAGCAUUAUCCAUGGCGAUGUAAAAAAUAAUGUAACAUGCAACAUUAGGCUGUGAUGGAGGUUAGAGCUUCGUUUUAUUUUUGCCAUCAACAUCUAGAAGUGUUUCAUUCCCAAGUGAGAUCCCCACCGUUUGAAUUUAAAAAGUGACACCUGCUCUCAUUAAGAAUGUCAGAAAAAAAAAAAAAAAGAAAAGAAAAAAAUACAGCCAGAAAGUAUCCGGCUGACAGAAUGUAUAAUGGUUUGACAGAUAGAAAAAAAAAAAAGUGAAAUAGUAUUUUGGAGUUGAAGUCUGUCUGUACAGUAGCUCACAACUCAAUGAGACGUUCCACACUGUAGCUUCCGCACUUGUUUUAUGUGUUGUGGCGCAAAAUUGUGUUUUCACCUUCCACUACUUGUAAGUCAUAAUGUAAAACAUCACUAUUUGUAAUUAAGCUCCACUGGCCUCAUGAUGCUACUUUUUAAAUAGUGCACUCCAGUAUUUUACCUUCAUUUUUAUCCCAUCAGGACUCGAUUAACACCUUGAGUUUAAAUCCACAGGCAGAUAAAUUCUGUUUCCACACCAAGUCGCAUGUUAACACGUAGAAACAAACCUGGGAGGACGAUACCUUUCCUAAACCAAUCAUUUCCUCACAAGAGGAGCUCGCAUAAAGAUAUAAAUUGUGAUAAAUGUUAAACAUAGCAACAGAUAUUACAAUAACUUACCAAAAUGAAGCAGAGUCCUGUUAAAUGAGUUGAAAGGCUGGAGAUUUAAUGGAUCACAGCGUCAGUGACAUCACAUUAUUAACAAUUAUUACUUUAUAAUGUGAUACGAUAUUAUUAUUGUGUCAUUAUUGUGUCACUCAGUACCUCAGCAGUUGAAAAAUAACACCUCAGUGCUGUGGCAUAAUUAAAUACUCUGCAUCAGUCAUAUAGUGUUACACCCCUUAUGAAAUCAUAAUUGCAGCAAUGUUGCAGUGAUGUCGAAUGUCAACCAGGGAUGUUUUUCUUCCGUUCCCUGAUCCAGCAGUUACUGACAUGGAGAUGUGAUGUGUUUAAGAUUCAAAUGAGGAAAAGGAUCCGUGUCUCUGUAUGAAUAAAGUCAGACGGGAGAAAUUUACACCUGUAGUGACUUGGACACGGUCAUGUAAGCAUCUGCCAUCGAGGCUGAGAUUUUAACUCCAGGUGAAAAUGGGGCUUCGUCAUUCCAAAAAAAAAAAAAGAAAAAAAGAGAUUUCUCCUUUAGCUGCUCAGACGUUAAAACACAUCCACAUGUCGAGAGCAUGCAGCUUCUUCAUACUGUAAAGUUUCCACCACUGUACUCCUCCUCCUCCUCCCCUGCUGACCAACGUGUGCCGGUGAAAAUGUGGCUUUGUGCUCUUGGGUUUAGAGGUUUUGAAAGAUGAUUUUUUGAUAUCCAUAUCCUGCAUGACCCAGGGUGCAGAUGGUAGAAAGACAAAACUCAUGUAGAUUGAUAUUUGUGGAGUCACAGCCAUCUGGCAUUUGUUGACUGGCCUAACACAAAUUAUUUUAUUAUUUUUUUUAUUUUUUACUCUUUUUUAAAAAAAUUUAAUUUUAUUAUUUAUUCAAUAAUUUUAUUUUUUAAUUUUGUUUAAUUUUUUUUCUCUUUGUGGGUUGAUGCUGCAAACGGGGUGUCUUUAUUGCAUGGAAUGUCAAAAAAAAAAAAAAAAAAGUUUCACAGUUUCCUUUUCCUGUUUUGAUUUGUUUCAUAUCAGUUUUUGUUUUGUUGCUGAUCACAUCCCUGCAGGUUUUCAUGUCUCCUCUCUGCGAGUUUGCAUUUGAAAUCAGAUGCAGAAAAAAAAGCCACAUUUUCACCCUCGGGGGCUGUGACGUGUUUUAUUUUAUAUUAUUUUUUCCCACAACAUGAGAAUCAAAUCUAUGCAACCUGCCAGCCGCGGCGCCGUCGUUGCGUUGUUUGUCCACUAGUCAGCGCACAGAAGAGAAACACAUGAUCCUGACGAGUCUGUGACUCUGCCUCAGUGUCACUCCACUUCCUGUAGUUUGUAAUGAAAGAAAAAAGAGAACAGGAGGGAAAAAAAAACAAAACAAAACUUGAGGAGAAUGUCAAUUAGGCCGAAGAGCCCCGUCCCCUUGCCCCCCCGCCUCUCCUUGCUUUAGCCCGCCCCGUCUCGGCGUGGCGGCGAUGCCUUAGCGAGUGUGUUGCGACGUUCCCGACGCUCGUUACGACCUGUGGCGAGUGAAACAGCGAGUCGACCCGCCUUGAACCGCAAACAACUUUUACUCCACAUUUGUAUCUUUAUGUUUUUCAUUUUUCAUGUCAUGUUUAGUGCCUGCAGUUAAGUCCCUUUACUUUUAAAAAAAAAAAAAUUCCUCUGUAUUAUUUAAAAUGUUUUAGGUUUUAUGAAAGAUGUUUUUGUCAGAUGUGUUUUGGUUACAUAGCUCUUUGUUUUUUCUUUUUCUGUUCUGUUUUACUUAUUUACAAAUCUGAACUGGUUUAUAGACAAAUGUCGUCAGGGCUUGAAAUUAACUUUUUGGUCACCGGCUCGAAAACACUUGGACAUUUUGUCUGUUUUUUCAAGUAAAAUUGGCGAGUAAAAUCCUGAAUUCAUCGGUUACUGUAGAUUUAGCAAGGAAAUCCGUUUGUAGCCGACCUGCAUUCAACCAGUCGUCACCGUUCUUUAAAAAAAAAAAAAAAAGCUAAAAAUUGGCAAGUGAAGCUCUUAAUUCUCCCAUCAGCUGUGGUUGAAUGAGGCAAAAAAAAAAAAAAAAAGACUUUGAAAGUGUUCACUUAGUUUGUUUUUCUCUCUUACUAUUUCUCUCUGCUAGCCGCUGUCGGAUGGUGCGAAAAGUUACUUUCAAGCCCCGAGCGUUUGGGUUUUUGUGUUUGUCUGUUUCUUUUAAACGUCUGUAAAAAAAAAAUUAAAAAUGUAAAUGACAUAAAAAUCAAUCACACAAACUCAAACUGACACAGAAUCACGGUGGGAAAUGAACACCAGCCGGCAGCUAAAAACACCAGUAAAUAAUAAUUUUCUGGUAAAUUUGGGCUGCGGUUGGAGAGAUCGCUCACUCCACGAGACGGUAAACCGGUCCAAGCGGCCGGUAAACCGCACAACAAAUAGGUGACUUUCCCGCGCUAACACUGCUCCUCACCACUUACACCACUAAAGCCCCGGCAUCUGAAUAUAAUUAGGUUUUUUGUUGCUUUGAGUGUUUGGUUAUUUCUACACGCACACACACACACA